GUAUGAGCAGCGGCACGGCCGGCGGCGAGGGCGCGCCCGGCCCCCGGCAUGGCCCGGCUGUAGGCAGCCACCCCCCGCCGCGCCCCGUCCGUCCUAUGCGAGCCGCCCCGGCGCCAAGAUGAAAGACGAUUUUGCAGAAGAGGAGGAGGUGCAGUCCUUUGGCUACAAGAGGUUUGGUAUUCAGGAGGGGACUCAAUGUACCAAGUGUAAAAAUAACUGGGCACUGAAGUUUUCCAUCAUCUUAUUAUAUAUUUUAUGUGCCCUGUUAACAAUUACAGUAGCCAUUCUGGGAUAUAAAGUUGUAGAAAAAAUGGACAAUGUGACAGGUGGCCUGGAAACAUCCCACAGAAGAUAUACAGAAAAGCUCACAGAGGUGGAGAGUGGUCUGAAGAAAUUAGAUGACCAAGCUGGACAAAAAGCCAUGAAUACUAACACUGAACUGUCUAGCUUCAGAUCUGACAUUCUGGCUCUUCGUCAGCAGCUGCAUGACAUUGCAGAGAAAACUACCAGAAACAAAGAUACACUGGAGAAGCUGCAAGAGUCUGGAAAUGUGCUAGAUGAUAGACAGAGCCAAAUGAGAAGUGCCUUAGAUAGUAACUCUUUCAUGAUCAUCAGUGUCAAUAAGACUCUUCAGGCAUAUACUGGCUAUAUCAACAAUCUUCAACAAGACACAAGCGAUAUCCAAACAAAUUUGCAAAACCAAGUGCAUUCUCAUAAUGUGGUCAUCAUGAACCUCAACAACUUAAACCUGACACAAAUACAGCAAAGAAAUCUUAUCGGUGUCCUACAGAAGUCAAUGGAAGAUACGAGUUUGGCUAUUCUAAGAAUAAAGAAUGACUUUCAAAAUCUGCAGCAGGUUGUCCUUCAGGCCCGGAAGGACACUGACUGGCUUAAGGAAAAAGUACAAAAUUUACAGACUUUGGCUGCCAACAACUCAGCAUUGGCAAAAGCUAACAAUGAUACACUUGAAGACAUGAACAAUCAGCUCAGCUCUUUCAGCGGGCAAAUGGAGAACAUCACCACAAUUGCCCAAGCCAACGAACAAAAUCUGAAGGAUCUCCAGGAACAGCAUAAAGAAUAUGAAAACAGAACUUCUGCCAAAUUCAACCAGCUAGAAGAGAGGUUCCAGGUCUUUGAGACUGAUAUAGUUAAUAUCAUUAGUAACAUCAGCUACACUGCUCAUCAUCUACGGACACUGACCAGCAAUCUCAAUGAGGUCAGGACAACAUGUACAGACACCUUAAGUAAACAUUCAGAUGAGCUGAUUUUUAUGAACAGCACACUAGCCAAUAUUCGUUUAGACUCUGCAUCUCUGAAGAUGCAACAGGAUUUGAUGAGGUCAAGGUUAGAUGUUGAAGUUGCCAAUUUGUCAGUAAUCAUGGAAGAAAUGAAGCUGGUAGAUUCCAAACACGGCCAGCUCAUCAAGAACUUCACUAUCCUACAAGGCCCUCCUGGUCCAAGGGGACCUAAAGGUGACAGAGGCCCACAAGGCCCUCUUGGCCCUGCUGGCCUAAAAGGACAAAAAGGAGAAAAAGGAGAGCCUGGACCACCAGGACCUGCAGGUGAAAAGGGUCCACCUGGGCCAAUUGGGCCACCAGGAGAAAAAGGAGGGAAAGGUUCAAGAGGAUCACCGGGCUCCAAAGGUCAGAGAGGUUCUCCUGGCAAGACGGGUCUGCCUGGACCAAGCGGAGACCCAGGGCCACCAGGGCCACAAGGCAAAGAUGGUCCACCUGGGCCACAAGGCCCACCAGGAUUUCAAGGCCUACAAGGAACUGUGGGAGAGCCAGGAGUACCAGGACCUCGAGGACUACCUGGGCUACCUGGAGUCCCUGGGCUGCCUGGCCCAAAGGGCCCACCUGGCCCACCAGGGCCACCAGGUCCCGGGAUGCCAAUGGCACUACAGAGUGAACCUACGUCGGUGCCUGAGGCUAACGGUUGUUCUCCUCAUUGGAAGAACUAUACAGAAAAGUGCUACUACUUUUCAAUUGAAAGAGAAAUCUUCGACGAGGCAAAGUUAUUCUGUGAAGAGAAGGCAUCACAUUUGGUUAUCAUAAACAACAAAGAAGAACAGCAAUGGAUAAAAAGGCAGAUUUCAGGGAAAGGCAGCUUCUGGAUUGGACUUACAGAUUCAGAGAAGGAAAAUGAAUGGAGAUGGCUGGAUGGAUCCUUACCAGAUUACACAAACUGGAAAAACGGGCAACCUGAUAACUGGAGCCAUGGGCAUGGGCCAGGAGAAGAUUGUGCUGGGCUAAUCUAUGCUGGGCUCUGGAAUGAUUUCUACUGUGAAGAUGUUAACAAUUUCAUUUGUGAAAAAGACAUGGACAAAGGGCAAAUAUUUGGAGCGUAACAGGCUGUGACUUUACAGAUACCUACGUAUUAUGGAAAUUUACUUCAAGAAAAAGAAAAUCCAGGGAGAGAGCAACAUUGCCUACAAAAAUUGAAAACAAAACAAAACAAAAGCAAGCACUGAAAACUGGUUUAAAUGCAUAAAGGAAUUCAGCAGCAAUUCUUCUUCAGCAUCCUACAAUUGUUUGAGGCCUUUCUACCCACAGCAUCAGGAAAUACUGUUGGACUAAUUCUGUUAUAGAUUUUCUUCCCAACCAGUAACCACAUACAUAAGCAACUUUUGUCUUCUGGAAGAAGACAUUCUGUCAAUCUGAGUAAGACUGUUGGCCACUCAUCUAUAGAAAAACAUAUAAAGCAACUGUGUACACAGUAUGUUUCAUUCGCUAAAAUCCCAAAUGUAGGAAAAUUAUACAGAUACACGAAUAUAUAGAUUUAUAUAAAUAUAUAUAUAUAGUCCAACUCUUAUCAAUAAUAUGGAAUAUACUUUUAAGAGCUUUUAAAACUUUGUAUUUUUGUACAAAAUAUUUGCUUUUUACAAUUGUUCUCUUUUUUACUGACUUUUUUUUUAUAUAAAUAUAGUGCACAGGGGCCAAAGAAAACAAUAAGGUACUAAUAAAUCAUUAAGGUUUGCUACCAGGCCUAGUUCAGCUAUAGAGAAAUAUUUUUCCAGGUAGAAAUAUUUGUACUUUCCCAGAUGACUUGUUCUGGACAAAUAACUUUUUAAACAGAUUUUAGGUAGUGUUUUUCUUAUUUUACGCAAUCUAGUCUGCGUGUGUAACAACUAAGUUGACUAAGGACUAGAUACUCAUUGUAGCUCUGAUUUCAGUCAGUGUUCCAUCAGGGUACUCCGCAAAGACCAUGUUAAUAAAAGUUUUUUCCUUCCUUC